AUGAAGUCGAACAAGGCACCCGGUCCUGAUGACAUACCUGUUGAUAUCUGGAAGCUGCUAGGAGAUCGAGGGUCCAUGUGGCUCGCAACUCUAUUUAACAAGAUCGUUGCAGAAGGACGGACUCCAGACGUUUGGCAAACUUCCGUGACCGUGCCUGUCUGGAAAGGGAAAGGAGACAUAGCUGACUGCACUUUGUACAGGCCUAUACGACUGCUGUGCCAUACGAUGAAGGUUUUUGAGCGCGUCCUGGAGGCUCGUCUGAGGAAAAUUGUCAGCGUUUCACUCAACCAGUGCGGUUUUGUGAAGGACUACAGCACUAUAGAUGCUAUCCAUGCUGUCCGUAUCCUUCUUGAGAAACAUCGAGAAGAACCGCAGUGUGCAUCUUGCUUUUCUCGAUCUCGAGAAAGCUUUCGACCGUGUCCCACAUGA